GUCAGACAGAGUUAAGGUGACCUCGUCUUGAAUCAACUUCGCAAUGAGUUCUACUUGUUUGUGGGUUUUAUUGCUGUUGUGUGGCUUGACUUCAGCCGAGGUUGGUGAGAAUGUUGUUGAAACACGUUCAUGCUUUCCUGAUAUGUGUGAUCGUCUGAGAGAGUUCGGAUCCAUGGCAGACAAACUCAAAGUUAUGGAAACCAGGCUGCAGGACAGUGAAAGCAGGCUGCAGGACAGUGAAAGCGGGCUGAAGAUGACUGAAACCAGGCUGAAGAUGACUGAAACCAGGCUGAAGAUGACUGAAACCAGGCUGCAGGACAGUGAAUCCAGGCUAGAGGUCAGUGAAGCCAGGCUGAAAAUUGGUGAAACCAGGCUAAAUGACAGUGAACACCAGAUUCUUGAUCUGAAGAGCAAAGAGAGAACCAAGGUGAUCUUCAGUGCAGCGAUAGAUGGAAAUGGAGCCGUUGGACCGUACAACGCAGACACAACUUUAGUCAACAGAACAGUGAUCACAAACAUCAGCAACGCCUACAAUGUAGCCACAGCUAACACUCUGUUCAAUAGAUUUUUGCUGUUGAAUAUUCAUGACACGGUUUACAGACAGUAUCAAUUAAAGCAAUACAACACAACAACAACAACAACAUCACUGUGACAGUUUUGCAAGUACGAGUGUUUGCAGUGUAGUUAUUUGUUUAAACUAAUUCUAUUAGUGCCGCAGAAAUUGAAAAGAAUAAAAUCUGAAAGGUUUUUUUAUGCUUGGAGUGUGUUUGUGAUUGUGUUAAUGAAU